AUGAAGGAGACCAGACAUGGUAAUAUGACCGUGGAGCAGAUCUAUCAGGAUCGAGACCUUUUCGCCAAAGCGGUGAGGGACGUGGCAUCUCCUGACGUGGGCAGGAUGGGCAUAGAGAUUCUGAGCUUCACCAUCAAGGAUUUGUACGAUAAAGUGAACUACCUGAGCUCUCUCGGUAAGACCCAGAUCGCUGCUGUCAAGUGUGACGCAGCCAUCGGUGUGGCUGAAGCAGAGAGGGAUGCUGGGAUACGGGAAGAAGAAUGUAAAAAGGACACGAUGGAAGUGAAAUAUUUGACCGACGCCAAAAUGGCCAACUCCGAACGAGAACUGGAGCUGCAGAAAGCUGCGUUCAGCCAAAAGAUCAACACCAAGAAAGCCGAGGCGCAGCUGGCUUAUGCGCUUCAGGAGGCCAAGGAGCAGCAAAAGAUCCGGCUGGAAGAAAUCGAGAUUCAGGUUAUUCAUAGGAAGAAAGAGAUCACCGUCGAGGAGAAGGAGAUCACUCGCAUCGACAAAGAACUCAUCGCUACGGUGAAGAGGCCGGCUGAGGCCAAUGCUUACAAGAUUCAGCAGCUCGCUGAGGGACAGAAGAUGAAGAAGGUGCUGAUCGCUCAGGCUGAGGCUGAGAAGAUGAAGAUCGGAGAAGCCGAGGCUUCCUACAUCAAAGCUGUGGGAAAAGCGGAGGCUGAAAAGAUGAGGCUGAAGGCUGAGGCCUAUCAGGCGUACGGAGAGGCAGCCAAGAUUGCUCUGGUCCUCGAGGCCCUGCCCAAGAUAGCUUCAAAGAUCUCCGCACCUUUAGCCAAAACAAACGAGAUUGUGAUCCUCAGCGGGGAGAGCAGCUGCGUGACGGGCAAAAUAAAUCGUCUUUUGGCCGAACUUCCUGUGUCUGUGAAUGCUCUCACUGGAGUGGAUUUGGCAAAGAUGCCGUUGCUGCAGAAGAUGACCUCUGCUGAAGCCUGA